AUGGCAGAUAGCGUGGUUACGUUCCUUUUGGGACACUUAUCCCAAUUGCUGCAAAACGAAGUCAAUUUGCUGGGUGGAUUGAAAGGAAAAAUCGAAUCCCUCGUUUAUGAACUCCAAAUGAUAAACGAUUAUCUAAAAAAUUCUUCUGAAGGGAUCAACAACAACAACAAUCAGACUUAUCUGAGUCAGAUCAGAAAUGUUUCCUACUUAGCCAAGGAUGUUAUCGACACAUUCAUCACCAAUGUCGCCUUCUACAAGAACAGGAAUGUGCUGGGAAGAAUGUUUCACAGCUUUAAGCACGCUAAGUUGCUACACCACGCAGCAGAGGAAAUUGACAAGAUCAAAACAACGCUCAACGAGAUACACGAAAACAAGAUCAAAUACUGUCAAGAAAGCAUUGAUCAAUCAACAUCAGCAAGACAAGAGGAGGAGAGAAGGCAAUCAGUCCACAUAUUAAGAAGAGACGUGGAGGAGGAAAAUGUUGUGGGCUUUGUCCAUGAAUCCGAGGUAGUCAUCAAUAGCCUCAGAGAGGCUGGUUCACCGCCACUCAAAGUUUUUUCAAUCAUUGGUAUGGGUGGAUUGGGCAAAACCACCCUGGCACGAAAAGUCUACAACAGUGAUGAGGUAAAGAAACACUUCAAUUGUCGCGCAUGGGCUUAUGCGUCAAGCGAAUGUAGGGCCAGAGAGCUUUUGGUUGAUCUUCUUCAAAAAUUGAUGUCAAAAAAUUAUUAUGAACGUAGAAGCAGCACCACCAAAAAGGAUAAGAAGAAACAAAAGGAAGCUGUGAAUCAAGACAUCUCUAGCUUAAGUGAUGAUGAGCUGAAGAAAAGAGUACGGGAAUGCUUGGAGGGGGAGAAGUAUCUGCUGGUUCUAGAUGACUUGUGGAAAAUACAAGAUUGGGAUGAGGUAAAAGAUGCUUUUCCGAAUGAAAAUGAAGGAAGCAGAAUACUGAUAACCAGUCGUUUGAAAGAAGUUGCCUCGCAUACCGGUCGAGAUCCUCCUUACUAUCUUCAAUUUCUCAGUGAAGAACAAAGUUGGGAGCUAUUUUCCAAAAAAGUCUUUAGAGGAGAACAACACCCUAGUGAUCUUGAGUCUCUAGGUAAACAAAUUGUUAAAAGUUGUGGCGGUUUGCCACUCUCAAUUGUGGUUCUCGGAGGACUUCUGGCAAAUAAGGAAAAGUCGCACAGAGAAUGGUCCAAAGUGUUGGGUCAUGUUAAUUGGUAUCUUACCCGAGACGAGACUCAAGUAAAGGAUAUAGUACUUAAACUCAGUUUCGAUAACUUGCCAGCAAGACUGAAACCAUGUUUUCUGUAUUUAGGGAUAUUCCCUGAAGAUUCUGAAAUACGUGUAAGAAAAUUGUUGCAACUAUGGAUGACUGAAGGAUUUAUACAAGAAACAGGAAGUCGAGAUGCAUGUGAUGUUGCUGAUGACUACUUGUAUGAGCUCAUUGAUCGCAGUUUGAUCCAAGUAGCACGGGUGAAAGGUAGUGGAGGCGUGAAAACAUGCCGCAUCCAUGAUCUUCUCAGAGAUAUGUGCAUAUUAGAGAGCAAAGAAGAUAACUCCUUUCAGGUUUGCACUGAUAACAACAUUUUAAUCUCUACAAAACCUCGUAGAUUGUCUGUCCAUUCUAGCAUAUCUAACUAUGUUUCUUCAAACACUAAUGAUCAUUCAUGUGUUCGGUCUUUGUUUUGGUCUGGCCCAAAUUAUUUCGUUUCUCAUGACGAAUGGAAAUGGCUUACCAAAAGCUUCAAAUUGGUCCGGGUGUUAGAUCUUGAAGCAUCCCCACGUUGGUAUGAUUAUUUUAAUUCUUAUAAGAUUCCUGCAAAUUUAGGGAACUUCAUUCACUUGCGGUACUUAAGAAUAGAUUCACAUAAUUUUAGAAGUGUUCCAGAUUCUAUAUGUAACCUUCAGAAUCUACAAACAUUAGACUUGGGACCUUCAACCAGGAACUACACAAUUUCUUUCCCCUGUGGAAUAUCAAAGCUCAAGCAUCUAAGGCAUGUGUAUACUUUUGGACCUAUCAUGCUACGUGGUCGUUAUUUAGAAUCAAAUGGUAAUGUUAUGUGGAAUCUUCAAACACUCUCUUGCAUCGUGCUUGAUCAAAAAACAACAUAUCUGAUAGAGAAAGGAUGUUUCCCCAAACUAAGAAAAUUAGGAUUGCAUAUCUCCUCAAAAUUCAAGGGUGAUGUGCCCAAAAUGUUGCUGAGCCUACAAAAGUUGAAACAUUUGAAUAAGCUAGAAAUCCUAUUCUACGUGCAUGAUAAUACAGAUCCGCGAUGGGAUUUCAAUUAUAAGCCCGAGGAAAUUUUAGAAAGUUUGAAGCACUUGAGCCAUCUGAGUAUACUGAAAAUUAUCAAUGCAUGUGAGCUUCUAACAUGUGUGACCAUGUUUCCUCCCAACAUUACCAAGUUAACAUUGAUAAAUAGUACUCGUGCGAAUGAAGAUGGGAUGAAUGCUAUUGGAAAUCUCACCAAACUCCAAAGUUUGAUAUUAACUGGAGACUACUAUACGUGUUCAAUUUUUGAUCUUAAUUGUAUUGAAGAUGGGUUCCCACAACUGCAAGAGUUUCAUAUGAAAAACUUAGCUAUCCGAAACUGGAAAUUAGCUAAUGGUUCGAUGCCACACCUUCACAUCCUUGAUAUUCGUAAAUGCCUUGAGUUGGAUAGCCUCCCAAGUGAACUUUUUACUACCUUAACAAAAGUAUAUAUAAGGAGACCCUCCCCGAAAAUACGCACAAUGCUACCCAAUUUGGAAGUUAAGAAUGGAUGUGAAAUCAUUGUAGAGGAAUGGACUUAA